CCUGCAGCCAGACCUAAGAGCUCAGCCAGAUCUUGUUUCAUCCUCAACACACUGGGAGGUUAUAAGAGAGGCUGAAGAAGAAGAUCACAUGCACAUAAAAAGAGAAUGAAAAGAAGAGUGAGAAAUGCACAGGGAGUGAAGGAGAGAGAGAGGAAAUGAAAAGCUAACCACUGAGUUUCAGUUACACAACUAUUUAAGCAACGAGUUAGUAAGUAAAGUUUCUCAACUUUUAAUUGAGCAGUCUCAGUAUACUGUGAUUGCACUCAACCCCCCCCUCUCUAUAGGGGGAGGGGGCCCUUCCGGCCAUGAUUGCAGCUCGCAGUAGCUCGGUGGGCCGGGGGGGCCCUGAGGAGCCCCCUAGGCACCGCAGGCCGUCAGCUGCUUCUCUGGCAGGGCAUCGUGGGCACUGCAAUUCACAAGAGAACUAUCGUGAUGGCAGCCACAGUCACAACCGGCAGGCGGCACUGUUGCGGGCGAGGAAAGCUUUUCUCAUCAGGGAGAUGGAGACCAACUGGUAUUUGAAGCUGUGUGGCCGAGCCAAAGAAGAUAGCAUAGCUUAUCAGACUGGAAUGCCUUACCGGAACCUUGGAAAAUCUGGAUUGAGAGUAUCAUGCCUAGGUCUGGGGACUUGGGUAACGUUUGGAGGCCAGAUUUCAGAUGAGGUGGCGGAACAGCUGAUGACUAUAGCGUAUGAGAGCGGGGUGAACCUUUUUGACACAGCAGAGGUGUAUGCUGCAGGAAAAGCUGAAGUCAUACUGGGGAACAUAAUCAGAAAGAAGGGUUGGAGGAGAUCCAGUCUGGUUAUAACCACAAAGCUUUACUGGGGUGGAAAAGCAGAGACAGAACGAGGCCUCUCCAGGAAACACAUUAUUGAAGGUCUCAAGGGCUCUCUGCAGAGAAUGCAACUGGAAUAUGUAGACGUGGUCUUUGCCAACCGUCCCGAUAGCAACACACCAAUGGAGGAGAUUGUCAGAGCCAUGACCUAUGUGAUAAACCAAGGCAUGUCCAUGUACUGGGGUACCUCAAGAUGGACCGCUAUGGAAAUAAUGGAGGCAUACUCCGUAGCCAGGCAGUUUAACCUGAUUCCUCCAGUGUGUGAGCAGGCUGAGUAUCAUCUCUUCCAGAGGGAGAAAGUGGAAGUGCAGCUGCCAGAGCUCUACCAUAAGAUAGGUGUGGGGGCUGUGACAUGGUCCCCUUUGGCCUGUGGGAUCAUCACUGGGAAGUAUGAAAAAGGUAUCCCAGACACAUCCAGGGCGGCUAUGAAGUCAUACCAGUGGCUGAAAGACAAAAUAGUCAGUGAGGAUGGACGAAAGCAGCAGGCUAAGUUGAAGGAACUCGGCCAUAUUGCUGAAAAGCUUGGCUGCACGUUGCCUCAGCUUGCCGUAGCGUGGUGUCUGCGAAACGAGGGUGUAAGCUCUGUACUAUUAGGAACCUCUAAUGCAGAGCAGCUUACUGAAAACCUGGGAGCCAUACAGGUACUUCCAAAGAUGACGUCCCAUGUGGUCUCAGAUAUUGAUCAUAUACUGGGGAACAGGCCGUACAACAAGAAGGACUAUCGGCCGUAGGGCAUCGCGUCACACUAAGAGUGAAGAGAGAUAGUAACUGAUGUGUGUAGCAUUGUUGUGCCCUCAGUGGUUCCUGCUCCGACUCUUUUUUCAUCAUUGGUCUGGCCUCUCUCUGAAGCCUUAGAGAGCUGUCCACAAUAACCUGUACCUGCAUCAUCUCUCUUUUCUGGUGUGCCUUUGCAUUCCAACACUACAGCAAGAAUCCCAACAAGUGGUGUCAAGCUGUCAUUCAUAAAGACACCUUGCAUUUAUAAACAGCAAUGCUGUUGAGCACUGCUCUGAAGUCAUCUAGAAAUUAUAAUUUAAAAUGAACUGAUCCAUUCUUGGCCUCUGCUCUCAAAAUCAUCAGCUAUUGGAAUGUUGGAAGUAUUGGGAUGGACAGAGAGUGGAGGCCCUCUUGUGUUCAAAUGCAGUAACUGCAAAUCUGUUUCCACAGACAGUAGAGCAAAAGACUCAGUGGAAUGGUCAUCUGCAUUCGUAAAGAUUUUGUUUUGCUUGUGCAAGAAAGCCUGUAUUGUUAUUCAGUAUUUUUAUGAGAGACAUUUUAAAGAGAAUGCGUUUGUUUGUUUCAUGCUAUGGGCUUCGGGUGUUUCUUACCUGUGGAAGGAAAUGUAUUGCACACCUGUGAUCUUAGAAAUGUGAUAAAAUAAUAAGGGUAGCAGUACUCUCUGAGAAAUCUAUGAACAUGUACUGACUUAACAUGCAACUGUAUUGUAAAAAAAGACCUCAAUCCACAUAGCCGUAUACAGUAUUAGAAUUGUUCUGAAAAUAACAUGCAUAUUGUAUCUUAUGCCAUGGCAGUGUUUAUUUAGAAAUGAGUGUUCUGGAUUCCCACCAGUUUCCUCUUUAGGCCUGGACUUCCAUUUAGUCAGAAGAUCCGUGAAACACAAAUUAGGGCUCAGCAAGGCGCUCACAAUAUGCAUGGCAGCAUUGCAGAAUUAUAGGGUUAAAUCUAAUUUACAAUUUGCAGGAGCCUUGUUGGUUUUUAUUAUAGCUCUUGCUCACCCUACUUGAAAGCCAUACUUUAUCAUGCCCUUGGCAUUUUUAUCACAGACAUGCUGCUUACCCGGCAGUAUUUUACAUCUCUGAGCUUUUAGAUUAGGCCUAAUUUAAAAUCUGUUUAUAUCUAGCACGAGGAAAUAAGCAGAAUUGUUUAUCUGUUCAUGAGGCGAUUCUCACGAAACCUGUCAAGAAAAUGUCCUGGUCACAUUGAACCCCAAACCAAUACAAAUAAUAUAAGAUUAAAAUUAAUUACAAGCUAAGAUCAAUCAACAGAAUUUGUGGCAUAAUGUUGAUUACCACAAAAAUAGUUUCAACUCACCCCUCUUUUUCUAUAAAAUAAGCCAGAAUCGAGGUUACGGUGAGGCACUAGAGUACAACAGAUGAGAAUGGGGCCAUUUUUUGGAGGGUUUAAAGACAGAAAUGGAAGCUUACAAUUUUAUAAGAGCACUUACAUUAAUUAGUUGUUUAAAUUGAUGUUUUUAUGGCUGUUUGCAGGUUUAUGGCUUUACGUUGUAAUGGCAAUGAAGUUAUAAAAUUGGAAAUAACUUUACAGUGAAAAGAUUAGGCAUUUAUAUCACUAAAAUCAUGUUAACACGCAUGUUUACGUCUUGUGGCUAUACUUUUACAACAGUAUUUUUAAUGUUUAUGGAUUGGUCAACUUCCAUUGUAAGUGGCAGUCAAUUGAGCUAAAUUUACAUUGAACCCGGAAUAUUUCAUUGUUAUAAUUUCUGGACACUUAUGCACAUUUUAACUUCCAAUUCUCCAAUUACCAUAAUGCAUCCAGAUGGUUUACUUCUACUAUUCCCAUUGUUUUGAAUGAUUCUUAUUACCAUAACAGUAAUUUUUUUGCUGUAUUACAAUAAAAAUGCUGCAGCAUGAUCUUGUUUUAUAACAAUCAGCAAAAAUUAAAUGAAGUGCCCAAGGGAGCAGUACUAUGAUGUGUAAAUACUUAAUUUAAAUAUGUUUUCACAUUGCAGUAAUGCAAAUGUCAAAAUAACCAUCUUGUAAAUAGACUUAGGUGGUAAAUGUGUGUAACUGCCAUAAGAAUGCAGCAAAAUAAAAAAUAUUAAUGGCCCUAAAAAUAAGCUUCCUUUUCUAUAAGCAAAGCUUUUGAUUUAGGAAUAAAAUAGCAUCAGGACAUUUUCUUGACAGGCUUCAUGGGAAUCACCUGAUGGCUCUGUAUAGAACAAAUCCUAGUAAACCGGUGCAUUUCUAGGAGGAAACCUUGAUGUAACAUCCAAAGAAUUCAGAAGGCUUUCCAUUGGAUAAUGACAGUAGUGUUGCCUUUAGUCCUAUCUCCCUGCGGAGUGCCUUGAUUCUAACCUGCAUGAACAUUAGGGCUUACCCAUUCUCCCAUGGGUCCAUGAGUGUAAUACUGUGAGCUUUUGUCAAUUUUAAAUUAAGUGUUUUACAAAAUUGAAGAGAUCACACCAUAGACUCCUGUUUUUAAAAUUGUUUCAGGAGGGAAAAAAAAAGACAUGUUGGAUUCACAGCUGUUAUGAAUCUCUGCAUCAGGGUCUUUUAUCAUAUCAUGUAUCUCUCCCUGUAUGGCCACAGUGAAUUCUGUAAAUAUAAAUAUUUACACAGUAUAUAGAGGUAGAUUAUUUAUGCUUGAAAUAAAAAAUGCAUAAGGCCAGUAAA